UCGUCUUCUGAUAGGCUCGCCGAGCUGCCACUCCGAACACUUCCUUUUCGACUCUGACGAAGCCCUCGAAAGUUGAGAAGUAAGACUGAGCGAGCGAGUGUGCGAAAGAAGGAGAGAGAGAGAGAGAGAGAACGAACGACGGAGGUCUGCUCGUUGUGUGAGCCGCACCAAGCUCUCUUCAGUUUCCUGCCUUUAGCCCAGGAAGCCAUCUUGAGUUUUGUUUUUUUUUCUUUCUUUCAAGUUAAGUUUGUUUCUCCGAAGUUUGGACUCUGCUGUUCAGAUGGUGGUAGCUCUUUGUUUCUUGUUAUAUCCUUCCUGUUUCUAAGAAGACGCGGAGAGGUAAAACGCCAGAGAGGGAGCCAGCGGGAAACGAGCCAGCAAAGGUGGUGAAGUUGGUGGAUCACCUGAAGGGGACCAGCGGUACUUGUACUAACUUCUGGAGACUGAGACUAACCCACCCUCGUCCACAUCCUUUCCUUUGCCCCCACCCCCGGGAAGCCUGAGCAGCUGGGAUGAACAUGUCGACCAGCCUCAGCCUCUCGUCAUCCUCCUCUUCUUUGCCCAGUCCACUGUUCUUCGCUGUUGGACCAGCUUUGUCUGCGAGCCCCAUGGGGUCACCUGGGGGUUAUGGCCAUAACUGCACAAGUGGAGAUCUGGGGUCUGGCGUUGGCGGAGGCGUCAUGUCCCCCUGCACCUCGGCGCCUGCCGGGGUGUCCUUCGUUAUCCAGAUCGGACUAACCAGGGAAUCGGUGUUGCUGCCGGUCACGGCGGAUUUGGCCCACGUGAAACAGCUGGCUUGCUCCAUUGUGGACCAGAAGUUCCCAGCGUGUGGUUUUUAUGGAAUUUAUGACAAGAUUCUGUUGUUCAAGCACGACCCGACGUCUAACAACAUCCUGCAGCUGGUGACGAACGUAACUGACAUCCAGGAGGGCGACCUGGUUGAGGUGGUGCUGUCCGCGACGGCCACCUUUGAGGACUUCCAGAUCAGGCCUCAUGCUCUCAACGUGCACUCGUAUCGUGCCCCGGCUUUUUGUGACCACUGUGGAGAGAUGCUGUUCGGCUUGGUCCGACAAGGACUGAAGUGUGACGGUUGUGGCCUCAACUACCACAAGCGCUGUGCCUUCAGCAUUCCGAACAACUGCAGUGGUGCCCGCAAACGACGGCUCUCCACGACCUCGCUGAACAGCACCUCAUCCCUCCGGCUGUCCACCACCGACUCGAUCUCGCCCUUGACUGCUUCGGAUGACACUCUGUCUCUGUCGCACAGUGACAUGGGGAACUCUACGCGUCGGCUUUACUCGGGCCGCCCCAUUCAACUGGACAAGAUGCUGCUUUCCAAAGUCAAGGUACCCCACACAUUCGUCAUCCACUCCUACACCCGGCCCACCGUCUGCCAGUUUUGCAAGAAGCUACUCAAAGGGCUCUUUAGGCAAGGCUUGCAGUGCAAAGAUUGCAAGUUUAACUGCCACAAACGCUGUGCUGCUAAAGUUCCCAACGACUGCCUCGGGGAGACCAUCAUCAAUGGAGAUCUGCUGAGCCCCUGCCCAGACCCAGACGAGCCAAUGGAGUACACCGACCCAGACAAGUCUUCCCUGAUGGAUGAUUCUGAUGAUUCCGGCAUUAUCCCAGGAUCUCACUCUGAAAACAGCUUCCCACAGGAUGGAGAAGGUGGAGCCCAAAGCUCCGUGGGCUACAUCCCCCUGAUGAGAGUGGUGCAGUCAGUCCGGCAGACCACACGCAAGUCCAGUACCACCAUUAAAGAGGGCUGGAUGGUCCACUACACCAAUAAGGACACUCUGAGGAAGCGACACUACUGGAGACUCGACAGCAAGUGCAUCAUCCUCUUCCAGAAUGACACAACCACCAAAUAUUACAAGGAGAUACCCCUCUCAGAAAUUCUUCAAAUUCAGCCUGCCCAAAACUUCAGCCUCAUUCCUCCUGGUACAAAUCCCCACUGCUUUGAGAUUGUAACAGCCAAUGUCCGCUACUUUGUGGGUGAAGUAGCUUCUUCCAGAGAUUUUUCAAAUAAUUACUUGGCAGUGGACGUGGAGGUGGCCAAGGCUUGGGAGAGCACCAUUCGUCAGGCUCUUAUGCCAAUCAUCAUUCAGGAUCAACCCACCUCUACAGGGCACACCCCGCACAGGCAGGCAUCAGUGAGCAUUUCGGUGUCCAACAGCCAGAUCCAGGAGAAUGUGGAUAUUGGGACCGUCUACCAGAUAUUUGCAGAUGAGCAGCUGGGCUCAGGCCAGUUUGGUGUGGUUUAUGGAGGAAAACAUCGAAAAACGGGAAGAGACGUUGCAGUCAAAGUCAUUGAUAAGCUGAGAUUCCCAACCAAGCAGGAGAGCCAACUGAGGAAUGAAGUGGCCAUCUUGCAGAGUCUACGACAUCCUGGGAUUGUCAAUCUGGAAUGCAUGUUUGAAACUCCAGAGAAGGUGUUCGUGGUCAUGGAGAAGCUGCACGGGGACAUGCUGGAAAUGAUCCUGUCCAGUGAGAAAGGCAGGCUGCCCGAGCGACUCACCAAGUUCCUCAUCACCCAGAUCCUGGCGGCUCUGCGGCACCUCCACUUCAAGAACAUCGUGCACUGCGACCUCAAGCCGGAGAACGUGCUGCUGGCCUCGGCUGACCCUUUCCCUCAGGUGAAACUCUGUGAUUUCGGUUUUGCCCGGAUCAUUGGCGAGAAAUCAUUCCGUCGGUCCGUUGUUGGCACACCUGCCUACCUGGCCCCAGAAGUGCUCCUGAACCAGGGCUACAACCGUUCGUUGGACAUGUGGUCGGUGGGGGUGAUAAUGUACGUCAGCCUGAGUGGCACCUUCCCGUUCAAUGAGGACGAGGACAUUAAUGACCAGAUACACAAUGCGGCCUUCAUGUACCCACCAAACCCCUGGAAGAAUAUCUCCCCAGAAGCCAUCGAUCUGAUUAACAAUCUGCUGCAGGUGAAGAUGAGGAAGCGCUACAGCGUGGACAAGUCACUGAGCCACACCUGGCUACAGGACUACCAGACAUGGCUGGACCUUCGUGAGCUGGAGUGCAAGAUGGGCGGCCGCUAUAUCACGCACGAAAGUGACGACAACCGCUGGCAGCAGUUUGCCCAGGACCACACGUUACCGUACCCCCAGCACCUCAUCGUGGCACAGGCGUCAAGUGAGGAUUCAGAUGAUAGUGACCUGCACGGCCUGGCUGACAGGGUCAGCAUCCUCUAAGAGACGGACAAGCAAAUGACAGUUUUAAGACACCCCUUGGCACCUGCUGGACCAUGCUUCACCCUACAUCUAGAAAAUUCAUGGUGGUGGGGGGGAGGAAGAAUUUCCCAAAAAAAAAAAAAUCCCUCCCUGACAUUUUCCAGUGCUCAGCCUGAAGUGGCCACUAGGAAAUCUAGGAUGGCCGUUCAUGUGGAGCUGCUAUACAAUACAAAUCCUGGGAUGCCCAGCACAUUCUGAGAAGAAGUGCAUGUUCCCCUCCAAUAAGAACCCAGCCAAUCAGAUGGUUUCCCAAUUAAUUAAAAUGGGUGGAGUCAAUGCACGGACUCGGUGUUGAAGCUGAGUGGCUCAUCUGCUCAAAACGCCCCCUAACUCGCUUGUGACAAAUUGCACUUUUUAUUAUUAUUAUUAUUAUUAUCUUCAUGAUAGCCACACUGCCCUCUAAUGGUUCGAAGGCAGAAUUUGCAUCACUGUGGCUUUGCCCAGAUCGCCACCCUCAUGCUUGGUCUGCUCAGAUUGUCUAAGGGGAUCUUAAGAGGUGGAUGACAAUAUUGCAAUAUUUUUUUUUUCCCCUUUUAUCCUUGUCCCGAUGGGAAUUGUCGUUAGAUUGCAGACCCCAACUGAGAGUCGACUGACUGCAUGAAGGAAGGGGGUAACAAGAUUCUGAAAAAUAAUAUAUUAAAAACAGAAAUGAUUCAUUACUUAGUAAGAGAUGAUGGAAACAGAACAGUGCCCUCUGAAUUUCUAGGCUGACAUGAACCUGAGAAAUGACCGACGCCAUGCCAACGGGUGUUUACAAUUUUUGACUCUUGGGGGACAACCUGUGCUUUCCGAUGACAAGUAGAAAUUGUAAAAGCCGCAUCUCACACGCACGCUUAAUGGCCGCUACCUUGGAUGACCAGAGGAAUGACCCCCAGGGGGGAGCCAAAAGUGUACGUGAGGCUUUAUUGAGCUACUGAUGCCCAUCUAAAUGUUUGGGUACGAAUUGUAAUCCAGCAAUUUCCUGAACCCCCUAAGUGGCAUGGUGACUUCUUUUGCACACACGUGUUUUCUUAUCUCCUAAAAAAAGAAUUUGACAUAAAAAGACCAGCUGAUGAAAGGGAAGGCCACAAAGAGAGGUAGAGAGAACAGAGUAACAUCCCUGCAUUUUACAAGGCAGCAAGCACAAGAGCGCCCCCUGCCUUGGCAUGUGCUAGUGCAGAAUGUCACACACUGACAUCCUUUAAAAGGAUGUCACCCCUCCUGGGAUGUAUUAGUAGAGUAAUAUUGUAAAUGGAAACUUGUGUAGCCUAAAAAGGGGGGGGGGGGGGGGGGGGGGAUUGGAGAGGUGGGAUAAGUAAUGCAUGUGUGUACGUGACCUGUAGGUAAAUGUGCAUGUAUAUAAUAUAGCGCCCCACUCUGGCUUGAUAAGCUUUUCUAUUGUUUUACAUGAUCUUCUACAUUGUAUCCGUUAAGUUAGGAUUAACAAGAAGAAGGCGGGGACAAAGCUCAAAAAUAAGACCCUGCUGAGGGGGGGUGUGGCCUUUUCUUUUACUCUUACUAGGGGUGGAGCCUCUGUUUGACCAAUGAAUGAGCUUUCAGCAUCUCAUUUAUUCAGUUAUCUGUUUUUCCACGAUGGCCUACUCUCGAUUCCUUCUGUGAUUUUAAGACCCCCUUAACUAGAGUCCUAGCUCAGGCUGUUUUGGUUGUGUUGUUUUUACUUUGCCGCCUCACCACACCAACGUUGUGAUCAGUCUAAGGGAGGCCAUUUCUUUGGACGGUUUGGGAAGGAAAACUGGGGACGUUGUUUUCUCUUUGCUGCUUGCAUUUGCCACAACACCGACGAUAGGCUCAAUUAUGGUGGAUCCUGGAGCUCUAGGCAACUUGGGAAUGAAAGCUGGGUGUGUGUACCAGUGUUGUGGUCCAUCUUCAGGAGGGUGAUUUAGGAGGAUCGAUGUCUCUUAACCACCAGUAUGUGCCCACCCGGCUUGAAUGCUUCAAUGGCCGAUUAGUUAAGCGAGCCAGUGUGUGUCAGUGUCACCUCAAGUGGCUGCUCUUAAUUGGGAGUGAACGACUGACAGCCAUUCCGAGAUUUGCUCCCACUCCAUUGCUUUUAAGGAUGGACUCCACCUUUCUAUGACUCCCCAACAUGCAUGCCUGCUUGCAGACUGACACUUGAUUGGAGAGCAACCGUCCAAUCGAUGCGUGCCCCGCCCACACUUCUCUUUGGACGCUGAGACAGUAAAAUGGUUAACCCUAUGUAUCCUGGUGGCCUCCCCGACGGAGCAGUUUGCUUCUGACUCCUGCUCUGCCCCUGUGGUCCAUUUGGAAUGCGCCAACAACCCCACGGUCACUGCUAGGUGGCACCGUUUAGCUGUUAAAAUCCAAAGGGACUCAUUUUAUUGAUUCCUUUAGAAAACUGGCAUUAGACCCCCCAAUCCCCUUAUAUUUAGAGUGUCUGUUACUUAGGAGCUUGCGGUUGAAGCAUGACAUGAUGAUGGAGUCUCUUUCCUUACUAUGCAUUGCAGUUUCUUUUCCAUCCACCAGAUGGAGUAGAGAGCGAUGAGACAAGUUAAGCGCCUGCACACUUGUACUUACGCCCCCUGUUUGUGGGGGAACUGGGGGUCUGUUAAAAUGUGGAGUGUUACAUUGAUGUGCUAGCAUGACCCCCCCCUUAAUAAUAAUAAUUCUUUACAUUUAUAUAGCGCUUUUCAUAGUGAAUGGGGGCCACUUCAAUGUGGGCGCAGCGGAAGCCAUUUUUGCACCAGUACUCUCACCACACAUUAGCUGUUAGGUGGUGAAGGGGUGAGAGUGUUAGCCAAUUAGAGACGGGGGGAAGAUUAGGGGGCCAGAAUUUGGAAUUUUCUAAAAUGUCCAGAGCUUCUGCAUGCAGUGAAGGGUCUCAUUUUCUGGUGGCACUGUGGGGUGGGGUCACGGUCAAUGUUCCCUCUAAGCUGAGCGCGUGAGCGAUCGCUCACACGAAUUCAGAGCGUCGCUCAUACUUCCCGCACGAUCGCUCAUUCCGACGGCGUCGCUCGUACUUAUCGUACUGAUUGCUCACUCCGACCGUCGGAGUUGGUGCUCAUAAAUUUUUGGCUUAAACAAAAUGUCGCUCAUAAACAAUGUUUUUUGCUCACUAUAUGCUACUCCUUAGAGGGAACAUUGGUCACGGUGGGUUUGAAUCUCGCGUCCAGUCGUUUGUGGGGUUUUGUGCUUGUUAGGUUAGAUCAGUUGGUCCUCAACCAGGCCCGUGUGGAGCCACUUUUGGAGGGGAUGGCUCUCCACUUGUGCCCCAGUGGUAGGGGCACUGUCGCCACCCCGUGUUUGCGUUUGUCAUGUCACCUUAAGUUGAUCUGCCAACAUGCUUUCAGAAUCUACCAAAGCUCUGCCUGUCUGAUCUGAUGAAGCGGUGUGCCGUCAUGUCAUUUUUUGGAGGUGCUUUUCCAGGAAUUCCAUCUCCAACCCCUUGUUUUUAUACAUAUUUAUUUAUUUCUCUAUGUUUCAGUCUUUACUUUUGUGGACCUCCUUGUUCAUUCGAACCCCCCCCCCCUUUUUUUUUGGUAACUCCCAGUCAGAGCUGCAUUUACAGAGUACAGCCAGCAGUGGGCGCUCUGGGGGUGUCUUGAAACUGACGUAGAGGGCGGUGCUGCGUUGCUAUUGGUGGAUUUGUUGGAUUCACUGCUCAAAACAUCAAAGUAUCCACUCCUUGUAAAAUAUUUAUAGAAAAAGAGAGAGAGAGAGAGAGAAUCGUUUGUACAUAUUGAGCCGAAGUGGACGUCCGAAGGUCAAAGAUGGCUGCAGGUAGCUGAUCUGUGACCGGAGGUCGGCAUGUUUGGGGAAUGAAAGCCUUGUGUGUGUGUGUGUGUGUGUGUGUGUGUAGCCAGCCUCCGACAACCAGCUGGUUUCCAUUCUGCAGAAUGGAUGUCCGGACGAGCUUUUGGACUGCACUUUUUAUGAUUUUACUUAGUAGCAAAUUUAUCAUUUCUUGUUUCUUUUGUUUGUUUGUUUGUUUAUUUGUCUUUUUUCCCGCUGAUCGCCUCGACGCUCUUUGGCAGGCAGGAAGUAGAAACUGCAGAUCACUACAGAAUGUGUGAGGCGACGAGGGCCGGUGGAUACGGAAUGUUUGAUAAAAUGCACCUUUUGUUUUCUUUUUCCACUUUUUUCCUUUUCAUUUUGCUUUUUCCAGAUGCUGGGGUCCAUUUCCCCCCCCUUCAGUGUAAAUGUCUGGCACACUUGGCACAGCUCGCUCUGCUCCUCCUUAUUAUUAUUAUUAUUUUUUUUUUAAAGACAUUUAUAUUUGAAAUAUAAACUUAUUUUUAACAGUU